CUAACCUCAUCAUCCCCACGCUCCUUUUCCUCUUCUUCCCCCCGACCUCUCCCUCCCCCCCCAAUAUCCCUCCUCCCAAAAUCAGUCACGCUGGCUUCCGACAAUUCCGCCAAGGUGUCGUCCCUGCUGGUUCCCCGUGCCAUCUCCUUCCCUCCGGAGGUUGGCACUGGCCAGCAGCGGUUGAGCCCGAACUCCAUGUCCCAAUCCAAGCAGGGCCGGCGGCGACGCUCCAGCAGCCUCAUUUACCAGGAACCUCCCGAGUCCAUCGAACACACCAGCGACCAGGCCGCCUUGCCUAAUUUGAACGCGAAUUGGGUGAAUGCCAAGGGUGCCUGGACCAUCCACUUCGUCCUCAUCGCCGCCCUCAAGAUUCUUUACGAUAUCAUGCCAGGUGUCUCCCAGGAGACCUCGUGGACCCUCACCAACAUCAGCUACAUGUUCGGCUCAUUUCUCAUGUUCCACUGGGUGCGGGGCAUCCCCUUCGAAUUCAACGCCGGUGCCUACGAUAAUCUCAAUAUGUGGGAGCAGAUCGAUAAUGGCGACCAGUACACGCCCGCGAAGAAGUUCUUGCUCUGCGUGCCCAUCGUUCUCUUCCUCCUCAGCACCCACUACACCCACUACGACCUCACCUACUUCACCAUCAACUUCCUAGCCACGCUGGGGGUCGUGAUCCCGAAACUUCCUUUCUCCCACCGGUUGCGAAUAGGUCUAUUUUCCGACAUACCGGAGGAGUCAUAG